CAUUUGAUACACUGCCCUCGUCAAUUGGCAGUCAUAUUUUAAAGUUUAAUUUAUUAAACAAUAAAUUUUAUUGGACUGUAUGUGUAAUGUUUACUUUUUGCUAUAUUGAGUCAUUUAUCUUUUACAUAAAAUUUAACAAUCAAAGACACUAUGUUUGGCACUUAGAAUGUUACUUAGUUUGGAUCAAAUUUUUCAUUUAGUGUUACCUGACUAGUAAUGCAAGAGACUAACAGAGGCAGCUUUAGAUGAAUUUAUAAAGACUAAGAAGGUUUUUUUGAAAGAGACCCCUUAAUAUUUGAAUAAUUAUUAAAUUACUAUUCUUAUUAAAAACUGGGUGAUAUAAUAUUUGAUUGGAUAAGAUAUUCGAUAAGAUUAUCAGUAUACGGAUAGCAAACAGCUUGGAUUGUGUGAGAUGAAUUGUACUUGUAAAAAUGACAUCAUAAAAAACAUUCUCACACUUUCCAAACUUGAAAUGUCUUUGAAUGGUAGCGAAAAUUCCAGCACAUAACACAUAUUUUUGAUAAACAAGCUUGAGAUGAGGCAAUGGGCUAAAAAAUUAUCCCCACAGCCUGAAGUGGUUGAAUGGAGUUGCAGAGCUAUUCAGAACAUCUAACACAACAUGAAAAGAAUUCAAAUACAGGAGGAAAUCUUUUACAAUCCCAGCAGAGCAAGGAAUCAACAUUGCAAGUCCUUUGCAGUGGGAAAACAAAUAAAAAAGGAGCAGGAGUUGUGGUAAAAUCAGGUUGACAUGUAUAGCAUGCACCAAUGGCUUUAGAAAUUGGAAUGGUGGACUGCAUGAUGUGGGACUAAUUAGUGGCACAAGGGUGUGGGGUGUGACAUGAGUGUUAUAAUGGCCUAAGGCAUGUUCCAUGAAUGAAUUACUCUGCUUAAAAAAGUGAGUCAAAAUUUUUUGACAACUCUUAUAGAUUUAGCAAAGAAUUUUAUCAGCUGUGUUCUGCACUGAAAUUAUAACGAGAAAUUCCAACAGUUAAAAUUAUAGUUAUUACCAGUCUAAUAUUUCAAUGUCUCGCAACACACCUCAUAUUCUUAGCUGCUCAUUGAUUUAUAGUUUUUUUCCUAUUGUAAAACUAAAAAAAAGUGGGGGCCUGUAAGUAUAAAAAAUCUGCUGAGUUCUUAUUUGUAUUUCUUACAUGCCAGAGUGUUAUAUGUAGUCCUUUUUACUUCUCACAGUGGCUAAAUUAAUAUUUUCAUCUUGGUAAGAUAUGCGCAAGCCAAAACAGUUUUUUGACAACUUACCAAGAAGAAUAACUAAUUUGUACACAUAUGUUAUUCAGUGUCCAUAUUAGGGUUGUUCACUGAUGGCAUUAACUAGAAAAAUAACUUUAGUCAGAAUUGACUACUCCAGUCAAUGUAAUAAUGCAAGGCCACCUAGAAUGUUUGUUCCUUUUGGUAUUCUUUUCUUGAAAAAGGCUCCUUUUGGAAAAUAUUUUCUGAGAAGAUAUGGAUAAAUGAACUGUGGUAAACAAGCCUGCACUGGCCUUUCAAGGAUUGGGUUAUUGAGGAAGAAAAUGUGGAAAGGUUGUCUGGAAUUGAUGUGCAGUCAACAGACGGAACAAAUUGUAAUCUAAUUCAUACUGCAGAGAAAUCGUUUUGAUAUAAAUGUAAAGAAUUGGGCGUCCUCCAAUUGAGCUCACUGAGAUCUGAUGUCAUGUUUCAUGAGUUAUCAUAGAGAAAAGCUGUAGUGUCCCAGCAGGUUCCCCAGAUUGUGCCUGAAGAAGUUGGGAUCAGUUUGUUGUUUGCACUAGUGGACAUGACAUGCAAUAUUACAUGACUACCACACUCCAUGUCCAUAAUAACUUGACCCAGAUGUACAUAGUUCAUAUAACUUAGUAAAAGAAUGUAAAUGAAGCAUAAUGAGGAAAAGCAAUAUUAAGAACCCAUAAGAACUUGUAGACUUCAAGCAUCUUGCUGCAUACCUAAAACUGAGCUCUUUUAAAUAAUUGAAAAAAAAGGGAAAAAAAAACUGAAACAAGAUACCCAGGUUGAGCAGAGGCUUUAGAGUGAAUUUGGAAGUCUAGAUGAGUAAGGAGUUGGAAACCAACAAGUAGGCUGUUGCUGCAGCAGCUGAUACACAGGGACGGUUCUUCUGACCAGUUCCAUAAUAUAAUGGCAACAUAUGCUUUUACUGGACAUUGUGAUUAGAUCAAUAGACAGGAUAGACACGUGUUCCAAACAGAAAGCACAAAGGGGAGAACUGUUAAGUCGACUGUUAAGUGUUUUCAGAGAUAUCUUUCUGCAAAGGGCAAAGAUCAACAGAUGCUGGUUCAGAAACAAUUUUGUGGUUUAGCAAGAAAGUUUUCUGUGCAUUCUGGCCUGUGGUUGGUGUGUAACGAUGCUUGACACAUGAUGUAAAGUGCUGAUCAGCUCCAGCCCAUGAUGCCACUUUUGAUUUACACGGUUUCAAUGGUUGCCAGUGCUUUAGUGUCAGAGGUGUGGUCUUGUGUUUAUCUUACCCCUACUGACCCCUAUUUACCAGUGAUGUCCAAUCUAACUCUGACAUGCACUGCAAAUGAUACUAUUGGACAGAAGCCUUUAUGUGUAAGCAGGGUUGAUGACAAGAGACGUCACAUAUGCUCAGACACGGGACACCUGACUGAGACAUUUAGCAAUUUAACCAAAGCAGACUCUGGGAUCUAUGAGUGCAGACAAAAUGUGUCAGCAGAGGAAAGGAAAAUGCCAAGUGACGACUGUCAAAAUUUUGCAUACACAACUAUUCAUAUUGGAGAUCCACCUGUCCCUCCCAGUAAUUUUACCUGUACUGUUUAUGCUCAAGUUGAAAUGGUUUGUACCUGGGAAAGAAGACAUAGCGAGGAAGAUGAUGUCAAGUUAAUUUGGACCAUGUAUCCAUAUUCCAGGAAAGACAGCCAUCCUUGCCCCAAUCCUAUUGUUAAUGGCUGCCGCUGGGUACGUAAUGAACCUAAGGAGAGAAUGGACUGGAUGUUUGAACCAAAUCAGCUAUAUCAGUUUGUGCUGGUGGUCAACAACAGCUACGGACAGCUUGAGGUUCAGCAUCGACUAGAUGUGGGAAAACUGAUUAAACCAUCUAAAGUGCUGAACUUGAAAGCAGUUUCAGGAUCCAGAAAGAUAUCACUAACUUGGGAAAAGCCACAAAUGGAGUUGGCAACACUCCUCAGUUUCAACUUCAGGAUCUCUUACACUGGGCAUGCAAACUGGCUUCCCAGGACAUCUCAUGUUUUAACAGUGAAUACUACCAGUGUGGUUAUCCGCAACUUGUUCCCUGCUGUGAGGUACACUAUCCUUGUAAUAGCAGUGCCAUCUUGUGGGGGAUAUGACAGUGAUGAGGCCAUACUCAGUGCAGUCACACUAGAUGAAGCUCCAACUGAGCCACCUGUAGUUAAUUCUGGGAGUUACAGCAACACCAGAUGUGGUGCCAAGUGCAGACACAUAACUUUUUUUUGGAAGAGAAUGGAAGAACAGUACACAAACAGGAUAAUUAGGUAUACCUUAGAGUUGUAUCCAGGAAACAUCACCUUGAAAGUUUUUGGGAGUGGUGCUCAAGCCACUGUAAAGCACCUUUCCACGGAGCUGCACUACACUGUACUGCUGAAGGCUUGGACCAAGGCAGGACCUUCACCACAGGCAUCAUGGGCUGUUCUACCUCUGAGGAGAAAUUCUCUACAUUUGAAAAACAUAGCAUCUAUGUUGAAGAAUGGCAGUGUUAUGUUGAGAUGGUCCCCCACUGUAGGAAACGUGACUGUAUAUUGGUGCAGAGGGGGAGCGGACCACAUGUGUAAAGAAGAAAUGAGUUGGGCAACACUGCCUGCCUCAAGGGGCCAUUAUGAAGUUCCACUGGAUACCAAAGUCCCUGAUGAUAUCCUGUAUGCUGCGUCACUUGAGAGGGCAGGAAGAAGUGCAGGGUUACAGUGGACAGAUUGUCUGUAUCAUUAUAUGGCAGUUCCUUCCUCAAGUCCACAACUGAAGGUUUGGGGGAGCCACAUGCCUGGCCAGUUGUAUCUGGAAUGGAAACUUCCAUCUUGUCAGGAGUUGGGACAUGCUCAGUUGACUGGGUAUAAUCUUCAAUAUGGAAUCAAAGAUAGGAGUAUGUGUGAUUUGACUAAGUGGACAACUGUUAAGGUACUGUCAGAAUUGACUACCUCAUAUAUCCUGAGAGGUUUGUCUCCUAAGCAGUCCUACUGUGUCAGAAUACAAGCAGUCUCGGAGGCUGGGAAAGGUCCUUUUAGCCGGCCCCCUCAGAAGGCUAUGACCAUGGGUCUGACCAAUUCAGAGAUAGGUGGACUUGCAGGGGGAACUAUUGUAGCCAUCACCAUGGUGGGGAUUGGGAUUUACUCAUGUUUUAGGUACUGGCAUCAUUGUUUCAAGUAUGUGUAUUCUAAGAUUGUGAUAACAUUGCCAGAUGAUCCAAUAGAACCUGUGGAAUUAUGUUUAAAAGAAAAUGAGGUGGCAAGCCCUUUCUACCUCUCACAGGAAGAUAAUACCAAAUAUUUCUUACUGGACAGGAAACAAAUUCGCCCAGAUUCAGGUUGUGGCAUUCCCUCCUCUCCAGACUUACUGAAAGAGAAAAUGUUUGAUUUUGAUGAUGCUACAAUUAACAGUGACAGUGUGUUCUUUGCUUUCACACUGAAGAAUGCUGAGCAAGGGAAGUGUAAUAAAGAGAAAGCAUCUUUUGAUGGAGAAAUGAAAAAAUAUGGACAAGAUUCUGAGAACCCUGCCCUCCAAGUGAUCAGGCAGACCAGUGUGGACAGUGGACAUGUGAGUGAAGAAACUUUUCCUUCAAGGCAAAAUAGCACUUAUGGUAUACCAUACCAUGUGUACUCUAAGGAGAGCAGUUCAUCUGGCAACCCUGACACUUUGAUGGUUGUUGAGGCCAAGUCAGACGAGAAUAUUAAUGAUUUGAAUUCUGAUCAGUUUGAUGAAAGUAAUAAGCAGCUGAUCUCAAACACACGAGCUGAAGCUGCAGUCAAUGAGAGUAUCCCAACAAAGGCACACAAUGACUAUUACAGCAAAUUUGCAUUCAAACCAGAGCUGACUUUGGCCCUUGGGCAGACAGUUCAAAAAAUAAAAAAGGAUGAAGAAACUCAGAUUUGUGAAGACCCUCUGCAGCAGCUACCAUUAAUAAAUUACAAGAAGAGUGCACAUGUACAUGUAUGUUCUCAGACACUAUUGCAUGAAGAAGAUAUGAAUACAAAUGGCAAAAGCCAACAGUCAUGUUAUCUUGAAGGGCAGGCACUACCACCAGUGACAGUAACAUCCUACAUACAGCUCGAAGAAUUACAGUGACAUUUAUACUGGGUGAUGUAAAUAUACUAAAAA